GGUGUGUGCCAGGCUCUGGAGGUGGGAGCAGGACAUUCCCAACCAGCUGCUUUCUCAUACUUGUGUAAUUUUUGCUGAGAUCCUGGGACCACUGAUGAGAGGAGCUGCUGCUCGUGCAACAGCGAGUGGUCCAACUGAGCAUGAAGUGAAUGCAUUAAGCAUUAGUCAUCUUGGCCCAAGAAAAAGUAAUGAUUUUCAUUUAAAAAAAAAAAAAACCAGUAUGAUUUUGUUCCAAAUGAGACUUCUGUAACAGCUUAAAUCAAAAGGUCGACACUUUGAAUUUUUUUCUUAUAUAGCUUUUACACUUCUGCGUUACCUUAGUAGUCAAAAGUGCAUUUCUGAUUUUAUUUAGCCAAGUCACUAUAUCCAUUUAUUUUGGAUAUCAACCUCACUACAAUUAGUCAUGCUUUAUCAUCUCUAAGUUGGUCAUAACAUCAUUAAAGCUACAAAAUGUAUGUUCAAUGGUCAGCAAACAUGAGCCAGAUCAUCAGAUCUUUUGGUCUGUUAGUCUGGUUCUGCAAUUCCCUGAGCGGGCAGCAGUCCUGGUCUAGGUUGUGAUGUUAAUGGGGUUUCUGUGGUGAACUCCAUUCUAAUGUGCUUUUUCCCUGAUACUCCCUUUUGUCCCUGGAGCAGUGAACCUCCAGGCAGAAAUUUGCAAGCUGCAAAAUGCUUCUUAAUCCUGAAUGAUGAGUUUUUGCCUCCUGCCUCCUCCAGGAUGCACCAGCAGAACGUUGCCCAGGUCUGUUGGCAGUGACCUGCAGGUGACACCAGCCUGGAGGCACCAGCUUUGGAGGUGGUGACGUACCUGAGGGAGUGGAGCGAGCUGAGCGGGGCUGGACACACCAUGGGUGCAAACACCUCCAGCAAAUCACCACCCUUCGAUGAAAAUGAGGACGUCACCUUCGACCAUUUUGAAAUUUUGCGAGCUAUUGGGAAAGGCAGCUUCGGAAAAGUCUGUGUUGUGCAGAAGAACGACACCAAGAAGAUGUAUGCCAUGAAAUACAUGAAUAAACAAAAGUGCGUGGAGCGUAACGAAGUGAGAAACGUUUUCAAGGAGCUGCAGAUUAUGCAGGGCCUGGAGCACCCCUUCUUAGUUAAUUUAUGGUACUCGUUCCAGGAUGAAGAAGAUAUGUUUAUGGUUGUGGACCUGCUGCUGGGAGGGGACCUGCGUUACCACCUCCAACAGAAUGUGCGGUUCCAGGAAGGCACCGUGAAACUCUUCAUCUGUGAGCUGGUGCUGGCCCUCGACUACCUGCAGAGCAGGCACAUCAUCCACAGAGACAUCAAGCCUGAUAACAUUUUGCUGGAUGAGCACGGACACGUGCACAUCACGGAUUUCAAUAUUGCCACGAUGCUGACGAAAGAAACGCAGGUCACCACCAUUGCUGGCACGAAGCCCUAUAUGGCACCUGAAAUGUUUAACUCCACAAAACCCACCGCCUAUUCCUUCGCUGUGGACUGGUGGUCACUGGGAAUCACCGCCUAUGAGCUGCUCAGGACCCGGAGGCCGUACCAUAUUCGUGCCAACACUUCCACAAAUGAGAUCGCUCACGUGUUCAGGACGGCCAGAGUGAUGUACCCCGCUGCCUGGUCCACGGAGAUGGUGUCGCUGAUCAAGAAGUUGCUUGAGCCAAACCCCAAGAAGCGUUUUUCUCAGCUGAAGGAUAUCCAGGGCUUUCCCUAUCUGUCGGAUGUGAACUGGGAUGCUGUUCUGCAGAAGCGGAUCAUGCCGGAGUUCAUCCCCACGAAAGGCAGACUGAACUGUGAUCCAACCUUUGAACUGGAAGAAAUGAUCCUCGAAUCCAAACCUCUUCACAAGAAAAAAAAGCGCUUGGCGAAGAAGGAGAAAGACACCAGCAAAAGCAAUUCCUCCCAGGCCUGCCACCUUCAAAAGCACCUAGAGAUGCUCCAGAGGGACUUCAUUGUUUUCAACAGAGAAAAAGUGAGGCAGCACCACAGCACCACCCAGGAGACCAUGACAUUGACCAAAAGCAGAGGCACGUGCAAGGAGGACAACCAGAACAACAACCUCUGAGAGCAGCACCGCCCCGGCUGGAGCAUCCUCGAGGGGCCAGCACUCACCCACCGCCCACCGGCACAACGCUGCCCCCCGGGACUCACCCCCCGCUGCCGGGAUGCUGCCGACAGCCUGGGGCUGGGGCACCCCCCGCCUCUGCUCCCACCCCACCCCAGCGGGUCCUGGGCCUGGGGGGAGAGGCUGGGGGUCCUGCCUCCACAAUUUGCCACAGGCAGUUAGACAUGGAUGCUAUUAUUGUACCUUUCUUGGUGGCGGGAAUAUGACUGUGAAAAUGGAUGAGACACAGAGUGUUCACCCUCUCAGCUGGGCAAGCCAGCGUCACAGCCCGUGGUGGCCUCCAGCAGAGCAGCCCAAAGGCUGAGCCUGCACCCUUCUGGAGGUGCCAUCGCUGGUGUCACUCCUGGUGAUGGGUCCAGGCUCUGGGGACCUCUGGCCUCCCACAGGAGCUCGCAGCAGAUGGCUCCAGCUGGAAGAGGCUGCUCUCAGCUCAGGGUCUCCCCCAGCACCUGGUGACAAAGGUGGCCUUUGCUUACAAAGGUGGCCUCCUGCGAGUGUCCUGUGACUGUGGGCACGGGGGCCUGGAAGCGGCAAUGAUCUCCGUCCUUGGCUGGGAGGAGGCAGCAAAGGCCUCCCCUCUGAUUCCCCCUCUCCACGCUGGUUCCUGUACCUGAUCUCGCAGAGCGGCGCUGGCUGGGGAGAGGUCAGAGCCGCAGAUGUGGAGAUGAAGGGUGACAACCAGGCACUGGCGAAUCCAGAUGCUUUUCCAGGUCAGCCUGAAAAACCUGUUCACCAUCACAUCAACACUGCUGCAACUCACUGAAUCUGAUGGGGUCUGGCUUCCAACAUCAGAGGUAAAUUCGAAUGUGUAUUUUCAAUUGCUCUGCCAUUGAAAUCAUGUUUGAUUUAAGCAGGUACUCUUUGCAGCAAGAGCUGUACUCUGGUGCAGUUUUUGCCAAGACUGAGAUUGGCCAAAACAUCUCUAUUAGGGUAAUGCUGGGAAUGAUGCAAUUAUUUAAAUGCUUUGGCAGACCUGAUGUUUCACCUCCUUAUUUGACAUUUUUCCUAUCCUCAGCAAUAUAAUGAAUGCAUGAUGAACUGUUUGUCUCCCUUUUGCCCAAAGAUGUUCCUUGUAUUCCCUGUGCCUCCCUGUCUUUCUGGCUAAAUCUGAUCAACUCAAAAAAAAAAAAAAAUCAGAAUAAAACCAACAGCAAAUGAUAGGCUCCUUCCCAGAUGAUUCCAUACAUCCUGUUUUUUGCCCGGUCCUACAGCAGGUCUGGGGCCAGGUGUGGCCCAGAGGGACAGUCCCAGCAGCUGUACCUGUCCCCUGGGGGUAGCAGAGAGGUUCGUACACCAAAAUUCUGUUUAUCUGGAGCCCCAGACAAGAAAACUAACCCUGUUCCUCGCUGGAGAAAUAUCUAUUGCUGCAUAAGUACCGUUGUACUGGCUGACCAAAAAAAAAAAACCCAAACUUGAGUACUUGAAUGGUAAGAACACCACAUUUUUAAAAAUUCCCUGACGACAUCUACAACCAUCUCUCCUUUCCCCUCUUUCCCUAUAAACAGAGGCACAUUCUCGGCUUAAUCACUACCAGGCAACAGGAAAACAUCCUUAAUUACUUGGUAGCAGAAUCUCACUAAACGUGUAGGUAUGAGCCCCCUUCCCCACCCC